AUGCUCAAAUUCAUUAUAUUUUUAUCAGUCUUAGUUACAUUAUUCUUUGUUACAAAUAUUAAUGGUGUCCUAUUCGGCGGUCACAAGGAAAAAUGCCAAGUAUCGGCAUAUAAAGGUGGAAAAUAUUUUAGUGGUGAAAAAGUUAUGGCACAUAAAGAAUUUGCACCUUAUUUAAAAUCAAUUGGUGCUGUAGCCAAAGCAUGUAAAGUACGAGUACAUGUUACUGAUUCAUAUAAACAAUUGAAAACUCCAACUGAAUAUGUACUUUCCUCACAAAUGUCAUUAGCUCUUGGACGUGGUAUUCACUUUGACUUACAAGAUCCAAAAGGAUCAACAGUAUGCAAUAAGUUAUGUAUGACAACACGUGCAUGGAAAACACUUCCCGAAGCAGCUUGUUUCAUUGAUAAUGUUCAAAAGAAAGCCGUUAAGUUUACAGAACCCAAUCUUUUACAUGAUGGUUAUGCAACGAAAGCAAGCGCAUCUGAAUUAGAAGCAGCCAAAGUUGCAAUACAAAAACUGUGCGCACCCAAAACUAAAGGCUAA